AUGACCACUCAUUUCCACCACAACCAAGACAAGAACGAGAUGGCAAUGCUAAUGGUGAGUCACAGUUCCAGUCUCAACACCAGUACCUCUUUUCUAACAGCAUCUUCUGAAGAUGUUCUGCACCACUUGUCUCCAGCACCAGCCCUGGAAGUAGACUCUGAAUUCUAUGGUACAGGCAAAUCUUUGUAUCGAAAUUAUCACACUGGUUUGAAUGCUCGACCAUGCGAUGCAAGUGGCAAUUUUUUGCCCCCUGGUACUCCACCAAUCCCUCUUGCAGAACAGUCACCUGAUGACUGGUCACCAUUUCGCAAUCAGAUUGAAUUCGAGACAGCUGAGUUUUUGUACAGCCAUGUACAAAUGUCCACACCCAAUAUAAACACUCUUCUCGAUCUCUGGGCUGCAUCGCUUCUCAAACAUGGCGAUCAGCCACCUUUUGCAGAUUGUAAGGACCUCUAUAACACAAUCGACAACAUUCCAAUUGGUGGCAUCAGCUGGCAGUCUUUCAAAAUUCAGUACUCUGGAGAGAAACCUGUUGGGCCCGAUGUGCCUCCAUGGAUGAACCAACAGUUCGAAGUUUGGUAUUGUGACCCUCAUGAAGUUGCACGAAACAUCCUCACCAACCCCGACUAUGUAAAUGAGUUUGAUUAUCACCCUUUCCACGAAUAUUCAGUUGAUAAGGAUGAACACUGUUAUCAAGACUUUAUGUUGGGCAAUUGGGCCUGGCAGCAAGCAGAUAUCAUUGCAGCUGAUCCUGACAAUCUCAGAGCAACAUUUGUGCCGAUAAUACUCAGAAGCGACAAGACAACAGUGUCCAUCAGCACUGGAAACAACAAAUACUAUCCAUUAUAUCUAUCUAUUGGCAAUGUCCACAACAAUGUCCGUCGAGCACACCGAAACACUCUCUGUCUUAUUGGCUUUCUUGCCAUACCAAAGAAAUUUCAGAAUUUCCAAUGCCAGAUCUUUCAUUCCUCACUCACCAAGAUCCUCGAAACACUCAAAGAUGUCAUGUCAAAGCCUGAGGUCAUACGUUUCAGACCAUAUAUUGCGGACUACGAAGAACAAGUUCUACUUACGUCUAUUGUGAGGAACUGGUGUCCAAGGUGUCUUGCUCCACGUGGACAACUAGAUGAUGAUGCACUCUGCCGAUGUGAGGCACAUAGAGAGGCUCUCGUCGAGGAGGAUACAUUUGAUGUGGAUAUGCUGCAGCGUGAGUUUGGUAUUGUUGGAGAUGUCAUGCCUUUUACAAACGACUUCCCUCAUGCCAAUAUUCAUCAACUCAUCGCACCGGAUAUCCUGCACCAAAUCAUCAAAGGCUGUUUCAAGGAUCAUCUUGUUACGUGGGUGGAAAAAUACCUCCAUCAGGAUGCCCUUUGCUGGUUUCACCACUAUCAUCCAAUAUUCCUCAAGCUCGGCAUCAUUCCUACAUUCUCGCUCCCACGCCAGCAUGCAAUGAAGCACUACCCUAAACUUAUCCGUCUUUUUGGAGCGCCAAACGGUCUCUGUUCAUCAAUGACAGAAAAUAAACAUAUUAAAGCUGUAAAGCAACCAUGGCGUCGGUCCAACAAGUACAACGCACUCGGGCAAAUGCUUGUGACAAAUCAGCAACUCAACAAACUUGCAGCAUUGCAUGUAGAUUUUACCAAAUGUGGUAUGCUCAAUAGUACAUGUCUUAGUGAUGCUUUAAACAUGAAAGGCAAUAAUGAACCCAUGAAUGACAUUCCCAACACUAUUCAAUCCAAUGCUGCCGAUGACAAUGACAAUGAUGGACUUGAUAAUGGUGAGAUCGAUGAUGGGCCACCUGAGAUUGAGGCUCAUCUUAUAAUUAUAUUAGAACGAAACUGUGCUCAAACUGUGGCGGCACUUGCUAUCGAGCUCUCUGUUAAACACUUACAAGAACUCAUCGAGAGCUUUCUGUUCAAACAGCUUCACCCUCACGACACUUGUGACCAUGCUACUAUCCCAGCUGACAGCUUCCCGGUCUACAAUGGGAAAGUCUCAGUAGUCAAUUCGGCAUCAUCAAGAUUCUAUGCACCCAGUGAUUUAAGUGUGGUUGGAGGGAUGAAUGCACAUGCCCGCUAUGAUUGCGUGUUUAUCAAUUCACGACCGGAACUUGACGGAAUGCGAGGACUCGAAGUAGCGCGUGUGCUAUGCUUCUUUUCAUUCAGGUACAAGUUGGUCCUAUAUGAGUGUGCUGUUGUUUGUUGGUUCAGCGUCAUCAGUGAUGCUCCUGAUGAAGACACGGGCAUGUGGGUAGUUCAGCCAUCCUUCAAUGAUCACUCUCCAGACAUUUCAGUGAUACACAUUGACGCAAUCUAUCGUGCAGCUCAUCUCCUUCCCAUUUAUGGUACUGAUCCCAUCCCUCAUCAUCUCAAAUUUUACCACUCUUUAGACAACUUCUGUGCCUUCUAUGUCAACAAGUUCGUGGACCAUCAUGCAUUCGAAAUUGCAUUUUAA